ACGCAUGGAAGAAGAAUGAUGGUGUGCACAUCUUGACUGACUACAGCAAGCUGGAUUUUCUUUGCGUUUAAAGAAAAAAAAAUGUCCCCGUGUCUGUAGAGAUGAUUUGCAGUUCAGCCCGGCUGAAGCUGACCGAAUGAGACUAUGGGCUGUGCCUCCGCUAAGCAUGUUGCUACUGUUCAAAAUGAAGAGGAAGCCCAGAAAGGGAAGAAUUACCAGAACGGAGAUGUGUUUGGAGAUGAAUAUAGGAUCAAACCAGUGGAAGAGGUCAAAUACAUGAAAAAUGGGGCAGAAGAGGAGCAGAAAAUAGCAGCUAGGAACCAAGAAAACUUGGAAAAAAGUGCCACCUCUAAUGCAAGACUUAAAACUAAUAAAGAAAUUCCGGGAUUAGUUCAUCAACCCAGAGCAAACAUGCACAUCUCUGAGAGCCAACAAGAAUUCUUCAGGAUGCUGGAUGAAAAAAUUGAAAAGGGUCGAGAUUACUGUUCGGAAGAAGAGGAUAUCACAUAGCACCAACUCUCCCGCUGAGACAGGAGCUACGACUACUGUGUAAAUAAGUUACACCCCAGUUGAAAUCUUUGCAAAGGUCGGUUCUCUUCAACGAACAGCACUAUAGCGAAAGAAGAUCGUCCCAUAUUGUAUGCCCCAUUAAAUUACAGUGUUUCUUAAUGAACUUGCAAAGGAAUAUUGCUAAAAACAAAACAAAACAAAAAAGACACCUGUCAUGGAACUUUCUUUGUUGCUGCUAGUUAAAACUUGUUGCAACUCUUCACUUCUCUUGUGUCCAGGUAUGCAGCAAAACUCUGCAAUUUCACCUUAAACAUACAGAUGCUCUCCAACCUAUUUUCUAUAAGAUGAGGUAGUGGUGAACUCAAGAUACCCAACUUCUAUUCUAAACUGGUUCUGCUUCUAAGUCAAGCAUCUCCUUCCCUCUCUUUCUUCCCUGUCUUUUCUGAUGGGUCCAGAGGUGACCUGAGCCUGGGAUAGGAGCUGUGGCCAGCCUUGUUUCUCUACUGAGAAGUAGAGAUGCUGUAAACAAUAUAACAUGUUGUCACCUGACUCCGGAAGUGAUGUAGGCAUAAGCAGCAGGUUGUUCCAGUUAGUAGGCAUCUUAAGGUUUAAACUCACAACGUUGGCUUUGCUCAGAUAGAUGGAAGUAUGAUCGUAAGCAUUUUGAAUCCCUCUUCUUCCUCCUCCCUCUUUUUCUAAGAAAUAAACAUUUUACUGUUUUUAUGUACCUUUGUCUUCUCCCAUUCAUCCAGCUCAGUGUUUUAAGCUGGUCUGAGUGUAGAAGCUGAGCCCUCCUCAGUGGCACUGAUCAGUGAACUACAUGGCUCCCACCCUUUCAUUAACCAUCAAGCCAGGUGUAGAAGGGUCUUCGAGAUGAGGGGACACCCUAUGGCUCUUUGGGAGGGUGCGCGCGCACGCGCGCACACACACACACACACACACACACACACACACACACACACACUCCACCUUGUUACUUUUCAAUUUGUUAGCUAAUGGGAGUUUAAGCAUCCUGUUUUGUAAGUCUCCAUUCAAAAGGCUGCAUGAGCAUUGCCACUCACUUCCUUCUUCACUUUCAGCCCUGGGCAGCUCAGUGUGAAGGGUUUGCCUACCCGAAAAUUCAGGACGUUUACACUGGUGAUGUAUGGAGACGUGAAAGCCCAAAGUCCCUGGAAGCAGUGGGGAAUGUGGACUGUGUGUUCAGUAGAGUUUAUUUUUCCAUACUAUAUUGAAGAGAGUAAUCUCUUCUUAAAGACAGAAGUAAUAUUUUUAACCAAUAUUGUCACAAGUAAAAGCAAUCAAAAGGAGAAAAUAACUUUUGUAUUUUUUUAAAGUGUUUGAUAGCUUUGAUGAGGGUUCUCUUUAUUACUUUCCCAGGGAGGGUGCCCUGUGAUAUGCUAAACCAGUGGCCAGGGGAUGGGCUUGGCCCACAAAAAUGCAGAAGGAGCACUGUGUGUCUCUCUCAGGAGCACUGUGAACUUCAAGGGCAUGGGUCUCCACCACACUGUCCUCCUUCAUUCUGAAGGUAGACAGCUGAGGAGGUGGGUAGCUAAGAUGUUCUGGGUGGUCAAAAGACCACCUGCCACAAAAUAAAAUAAGAGACUAAAUUUGUUCUUGGCCAAGAAGAUCUUAGACUU